UUUUGGAAGGGGCAUAUCAUGGGCCUAGAGGAUAAAGUAUUUUUUCCCCCAUUUAAUCGUCUAAGUUUAUUGAUUCAAAGAAUCAUUCUGUAGUUGAAAUGUAGUUUAUUAUGCUUUGAUGAUGAUGAUGAUGCUUUCUUUGUUCAGUAUAGAUCCCAUUUUUAUUUUCAGUUAUUUGUAGGUUUUUAAGCGGUGGUGUUUUUGUUGUAGAAUGUUUAUUUGUUAAUUUGAUGCCAGAUGACCAAAUCCGUUUUUUUUUAAUUUGUAGGUUUGUUUCUUAAUUUAGUUAAGGCGAAAUAUUUUCAUUUAUUUAUUUAUUUACAAUCUUUUUUUCCAGUUAUUGGCAGGUUUGUCUUAGUGAGGGUCUUUUAGUUGUUGUUGGGUAUUCAUUUAUUUAUUUAAUGGCAGACAAAUUUUAUGGUCAUAUGUGUUUUUAUUUGCAGGUGUGCACAAUUUAAUUUCUUUACUUGCUUCUUCAAUAGCAGAUUACUGCUAAUGCUCUUUUUUUUUUUUGUGUGGGGGUAGUUUAGUUAAUUCAUCUGGUGUGUUCAUUUGUAGUUUGAUAUUUAUUUUUAUAUGUAUUAGCAGAGGGCGGCACGGUGGAGCAGCUGGUAAACCGUUGGUCUCACAGUUCUGAGGUCCUGGGUUCAAUCCCUGCCGCGCCUGUGUGGGGUUCGCAUGUUCUUCCCAUGCCUGCGUGGAUUUUCUCCAGGCACUCCGGUUUCCUCCCAUAUUCCAAAAACAUGCAACAUUAAUUGGACACUCUAAAUUGACCCUAGGUGUGACUGUGAGUGCAACUAUUUGUCUCUAUGUGCCCUGCGAUUGGCUGGCGGCCAGUUCAGGGUGUACCCUGCCUCCUCCCCGUUGACAGCUGGGAUAGGCCCCAGCACUCCCCGCGACCCUCAUGAUGAUAAACGACAAGGAAAUUGGAUGGAUGUAUUAGCAGCGCUCUGAAUUGCCCCUAGGUGGGAUUGUGAGUGCGGCUGUUUGUCUCUAUGUGGCCUGCGAUUGGCUGGCAACCAGUUCAGGGUGUACCCUGGCUCCCGCCCAUUGACAGCUGGGAAUGGCUCCAGCACUCCCCGCGACCCUUGUGAGGAUAAGCGACCAAGCGAGCAGAUCUGUGGUUACUGUAUGGACUUUGCAACAUGAAUUGUGUAUUCUAAACCCUCCAUAUUUUGUACAGAUUUUUUUUGGAAGACACAUCUGAAGAAAAAACAUAAUAAAUUCAAAAAGAACACUACAAGUAUUCCUGGAAUUGAGAGAUUGGCAUCAACUACUCUUCCCGACAGUCGGAAUGUUCGAUCGAGAAGAGGAAAAAAAAAGAGGUUUGGGCAAAGUCUUUUGUGGAGCACGCAGAACCAACCCAACCCAGCUUGAAAUAAAUAAAUACUGACAGCAGAAAACAGAGUCUGGGCGCAACAAAAGGAACACUUCAACAUGAAGACUUGCUUGGAUUCCUUCACGCUGUUUAUGCUGUUUUUGCUGGUUUUCCCAACCAAGACUUCAACACUGGACCAGUUCUCAGGAUGCAGUCCAGGAGUUGCAGCUCUCAAACGCAGCAUAAAGAAACUGGAAAACAAACUCCUGAUCGGAGCUUGGCAGGUGGAACACUUGCAGAGGCACAAAUACUUUCGUCCGAUCCCCCCUGCUCGUACUUUGUCGGACUCCAAAAAUGGAAGCGGGACGUUGGAAAGCUCCAACGCGACCCUGAUGAAGCCUCUCGCACCGGCAGGAAGCCUGAUGGUCCAUGACAGAGACUGUUCUGAGCUGUUUGACAGAAUGAAAGUACGCAGCGGGUUUUAUCGCAUCCGGCCCAAAAUCGACCGGGAGCCAGUUUUGGUCUACUGCGACAUGGACGAUGGAGGAGGCUGGACUGUUUUCCAGAAACGGCGACAUGGAAAAGUUGACUUUAACAGAGACUGGGUAGAUUACAGAGAUGGCUUUGGCGACUACAAACUGUGGAAUGACGAGUUCUGGUUGGGAAAUGAGCACAUCUAUUCUCUGCUCUCUGAAGGUAAGAAUCUGGUCAAGAUAGACUUAAUGGACUGGGCAGGACAGAGAAGUCAUGCGUAUUAUGAGAACUUCCAGAUCACCAGUGAAGCUGAUCGUUACCGCCUCAAGUACGGCCUGUACAGCGGGAAAGCCGGGGAUGCUCUGGCAGGUGGAGGAGGCAUGGUGGAGCAGUGGUCCGCGGGCCUCAGUGGCAUGCAGUUCAGCACGAGGGAUCAGGACAAUGACCGCUACAUUCAAGGCAACUGUGCCCAAGAGAACAAUGGAGGUUGGUGGUACAACAGAUGCCACGUUGCCAACUUGAAUGGGAAGUUCUACCGCAAAGGGGAGUACAAGGGUGAGUUUGACAACGGCGUGGUGUGGGGGACAUGGAGGGGCCUGUGGUACUCCCUCAGACACACCACCAUGAAGGUGCGCCCUCUGCUUUUCUUGGACGCCAUGGGCAGUGGUGGAGGCGAAGGUUAAAUAUGUC